CCCCCGACCAAAUUCUCCAUGAGUUCUUCCUGUUGACCACUCUCCACCAACUACAAAAAAAUACCAAACUCAACAAUGCUCAACUUACAACAAUACUCACAAGAACAACAACAGCAACAACCAUCGAGGAACAAAAGAACAAAGUCGAUCACUCAGAACAGUCUCAACAAGAACAAGAAACUCAGGAGGAGGACUUCAUCGAUCUACAGCAACAAGGCUAUGAUCACUACCACUACAACUACUGCUACUGAAUCAACAACAGAAACAACAGAAACAACAACAAGCCCAAUCCCAUCCAACUCAUCACCAUCAUCACCAUCAUCUUGCAAACAUAACACACCCAAAAAUAACAAGAAGAUGCAGACCGAAUCCAAAAAAGAGAAAUUCAAAUUACCACCACUCAACUAUCCCUUCUCAUCCUCACUCUCUAUGAUCCAUCAGCGCAAGACAACCUCCCUCUUACGCACCCAAGAUAAAACUAAAAUCGUCGCCAAGAAACUCCAAACCCUGGUCGCCCUUGCAAAGCCUUCUGCCACUACCAUCACUAAUCAGCAGCUGGCCCUUGUCCGCCCGCCUCAUAAUCAUUCUCUUGCGAUUGCUCAAGUCAUGUCUAUCUUCAAUCAAGAGACUGCCACAAUCAAAUCUUUUGAAGCCUAUCAGGAUCAUAUCCAACAAGUCAAUGAUCAAGAUAAUCAAACUCGAUUCCAAUAUGCUCGACAACGAAACCAACCUUUCGUAUCUUUCCAAUAUCAUCAACAACAACCGACGCCCAGCACCCGCACCAGCUUAUGGUCCGACUUUCCAAACAGUCUCCUUAGGACACGAAAUGCGACUCUAGAAACACCACGGCCUCCAGAACCUACUCUACCCUCCUACGAAUCGAUUCAGAAACGGCAAAAGUUCUUGGAUGAUACGUUUGGACAGUCUAAGAAACCUAAGAGACGGAAAUGGAGGACGAGCUUGGAAGACGAAAAACUCGCAUUCGUACAAAAAAUUCUACAACAGCCAGGCAAGAUAUCAGACAUGCCAGGCGCAUAUUGCGAGGCCCACGAUAUCCGAAAACUGCGGCCUCGACAAUGGAUCAACGAUGAGAUCGUGACGUUCUAUAGCGUGAUGAUCAACAAUCGAUCCUCCGAAUUCGAAACCCAACCUCAGAAUUUUCCUCCAAAUGAGAAAUUUGUUAAGGCGUACUGUUUCUCGAGUUUCUUCAUGGCUAAAUACGAUAAGGCAGGAUACGAUGGUGUGAAACGAUGGUCGAAAAAGGUUGAUUUACUGAAGAAAGAUGUGAUCAUCUUUCCGAUUAAUAUCAGUAAUGCUCAUUGGACUUGUGCAGCUAUAAAUCUCCGCUGUAAGCGGUUCGAGUAUUUCGAUAGUAUGGGUAACCGAAACCAAUCCGUCCUUGCAACUUUGAGGGAUUAUAUCGUCAAUGAAGCUCGUAUUAAAAAGGAUAUUGUGUUGGAUAUAAGUGCUUGGCCAGAUUGUUUUUACCAAGAUAUACCACAACAAAACAAUUCAUUUGAUUGCGGGGUUUUUGUCUGUCAAUUCAUGGAUUGUCUGAGUCGAGAUUGGACCAAUUCUUCGUCAACAACAGCGACCUCCAAUAAUAUUAACAAUGAAUCCGAUCUUGAUUCUCGGCCUCCUGCUAAAGAACGCGAAACUCAGUUCGACUUUUGUCAAGAAAAUAUGGAAUAUAUUCGGUCUAAAAUGGUCUAUGAGAUUGCUUCUAAAGAAUUCUUGACAGAAGAAUGGAUCUAAAAUCAAUCCUCAAAACAAAACUCUCAACCUCCCUUUUGUAACUCACAAUAUUACCUUGGCAGGCCUAUUAUCAUCAACAUGACUGUUUUUGAAAUAUAGAUUAUAUCCCCCCCCUGUUUAUAUCAUUUUUACUUCUUGGAUCUGUCUUCAUCAUCAUCAUCUAAUUUUUGUUUUCUUGUAUGUUAUUUUUUUUUUCUUUGGAGGAGGAUUGAAGGAAGAGUAAGAAAAGAAUAAGUUUGGUAAAUUUUUGUCCCCUUUUGGUUUUUUUUUCCUAUGGUUUUUUGGUUUGGGGGUUUUCCUUUUGGGUUGGCAGAGAAAGAUGAAUAAUAAUGAAUAUUAAUGAUCUCAAAGCAA